AUGUCGGGAUUUACCACCAAGGGCCGGCCGAUAGUGCCAGCGUUCGGCCUAUGGCGAACCGGCGGCAGCGAGGGCCAGACAGACGCGUCAUCAAUCUCGGAGGUGUUUCGGGAGGCGCGUAAAAAAGCCAAGCAGGCGAAGCAGCAGCAGCAGCAGCUGGCGUUAGAACCGCACGAGGAUAGCGAGAAGAUCUCUGUUAACGGAACUUUCUCUACUUCCUCCUCCUCCUCAUCAUCAUCCUCUGCUGCUACGCAACCUUGCUUCGAUUCCCAUUCCUCUUCCGCCUCCCACCCCGCUGUAGUAUCCCACCCUUCCACUACACCAUACCCUGCCACAGACCCAUACCCUUCCGCAGCGGCCAACUCGUUCGUCCUGUCAGUACCGCUUCAAGCAGGACCCAAGAAUGGCACCCAUUCGCCAACCUCUCAAGUCCACCCCACCGCAUCCGAGUCAAGUCCCAGCCUUUCGCCUCGCCACGCUCUCGCGUCUCCCCCGCGCAUCGAUACCUCUAAGACUUCGACCUUGGAAUCGUACCCCGGGACGGCUCGCUCUCCGCACUCGUCGCCGCGCCCUCCGGCGUUUUCGAUUAAAGCGACCGUCGCGUCGCUCGUGGGAAGCGUCAACCUGCUCAGCCUGAGCGACAGUUACGCCGCCGGCGACGCGUCGACGAUAUCCGCCGUGUUUCGCGACAAGAAGAAGAAGAUCCUGCAGGAGAAGCAGCAGCAGAAAGGACUGCUGCUCCUCUCUCCCACACGCGAAGACUCGUCCCCUCAGGCGCCCUCAGGUGUGACUUCAGGUGCUCCUUCAGGUGCCAUUCACAGUAAAACCGAGCCUUCACCUGAGAGGGCUGUACCGGGUGCGCAAUCGCUGACCCUGCUCAGCCUGAGCGACAGUUACGCCGCAGGCGACGCGUCGACGAUAUCCGCCGUGUUUCGCGACAAGAAGAAGAAGAUCCUGCAGGAGAAGCAGCAAAAGGGUUUCGCUCUCUCUCCCACGCGAGAGCUGACCGCCGGUGCUCAACGGUCCCCGCCGCGAAACGCAUGGUCGGGAAGCUCGAACGCCGUGCACCCGGAAACUCCGGCGGUAGUUCCCACGUGGCAUCCUCGUCAGCUUCAAGGCGGUCCGUCUGACGUGGACUCGGACGCGUCGGCGAUUUCUCUAGUUUUCCGGGAUAUGCGGCACAAGGCGCGGCAAGAAUCAAGGCGCGGGAAGGCGCGGGAAUUGAAGGAAGCUGGAGGUGACAUGAGAGUUCAAGCGAGCACAGGAGCACAAGUCCUAGCACAAGCAGUAGAAUCAAGAGCAACAGGCGUAGCAGCACCAGCAGCAGCAGCAGCAGCAGCAGCAGGUCCAGCCGCAGAGGGCGAGGCGUAUCCCGCCUCGCCAAUACAUGCUCUCGCGAGCCCCAACCGUCCCGAAUCCGACCAACCGGCCGUCGAUCUCUGGCCGUCUAGCUCGCCGGCCGCAGCAGCCGGACCGGCGGGGGAGAACGUGUCGCUAGUCUUCUGGUCGCGGCAGCAGGAAGCGGACUCGGGGGAAAACGCCAAGACGGCAAAAUUCGGAGAGAGGAUACGGAAGAAUGUAGGCGACGGUGAGGGGAAUGCUGUGGGAAGUACAGCGGAAGGAGCUGGGAUAGAGAGGGGAGCAGGAGGAGGAGGAGAAGGCGAGUUUGAGGCGUCGUUUAGAGCGUCGCACCCGCCUCAAUGCACGGCGCUCGGUAUGGCGCUUGAAGGAGCCCAGGCGACGGGGGUAGGGGCGGCGCAGGCGGCGGAGGGGGCGGAGGGGGCGGAGGGGGCGGAGGCGGCGGAGGGGGCGGAGGGGGCACAGGCGGAGGAAAUCGACGAGGACGUGUUGCACGCGUGUGUGGAUCCCGCAUACGCGGACCCGCGGCGGCAGUUCAUGUCCAACCCCACGUGCUCGCUGGACGAGGCGUUUGACGCCAUCCUGCAGAACAUGGACAGCGGCCCGCUUGGGGCAGACGCGCGAGCUACGGCUCAGGCUAGCCUGCAGUCACCGUUCGAGCAGCUAUUGGAAGGGAGUGAGUCUCCCAGCCCAGAGCACCACCUCCAGCACCAGCAGCAGCAGCAGCAGCAGCAGCAGCAGCAGCAGCGGCACCCACUGUCACCGUUGCAGCAGGCUCGGCCUAAGUCAGAGCAGGGCAGCAGGGCUGGGCGAAGCAUGGAUGGCGAUGAGGCACGGACGAGCGGGUGGCAGCUUCAGCUGCACAUCCCCCCCAUCCCCCACCGCCAGCAGCAGCAGCAGCGGCAGGAGCAGCAGCAGCAGGAGGGGGGUCAGGUGGGGCUGCGCGGGCUGAAAGCGCGCAGCAGGGCGUUUGUCAACAAGGUGAUGACCAAGCUGAAUGGGCGCGCUGGCAUGGGCAGCAGUCCAGUGUCAGUGAGCAUUAUGAGCAACCAGCUGGGGCCUGUCAGGAGUGCGGAGGUGGGCAUGGUGGGCUCGCCUCGCAACGCCCAGACCGUGCUUCCUUCCUCCAGAAGCGUGCAGGGCGAGUCAGAGCGCUGGCAGCCGCGGCAAUAG